ACCAGAAGAGAUAGUGCUGGCUGCGAGGAAGGCAGCUGCUAUCAGCCGGGCCAUGCAAGGCGCAGAGGGCCAUGGCCUCAGGGGCGCCUGGAGAGCGGCUGUGUGAGGAGGCCAGGUGCCCUGUGUGCCUGGAUUUCCUGCAGAAUCCAGUCAGUGUGGACUGCGGCCACAGCUUUUGCCUCAAGUGCAUCUCUGAGUUCUGCGAGAAAUCGGACAGCGCACAGAGUGGCCUCUAUGCCUGUCCACAGUGCAGAGGUCCGUUCAGACAGGAGAACUUCCGUCCCAACCGGCAGCUGGCCAGCCUGGUGGAGAGCGUGAGGCAGCUGGGUCUGGGAGCGGGACCCUCGAGUUCGCGCCUGUGUGUAAGGCACCAUGAGGAGCUGACCCGCUUCUGCAAGGAGGACCAGGAGGCGCUGUGCUGGGUCUGUGAAACCACCCCAGAGCAUAGGAGCCACCACACAGAGCCACUGCAGGAGGCCGCCAGGUGCUACCAGGUAAAGCUUCAGAUGGCCCAGGAGCUUGUGAGGAACGAGAUGGAGGAAGCUUCGACUCAAGAGGCUAAUAUAGGGAAGAAAACUGUCAUUUGGAAGGAACGUGUACAGCCUGCCACUGCCACAGGUCCAACAACUGGGCACCGACCUCUGAGCCUGCCUUCUGGGGAGCGCACACAACCCACUGUCACCUCUGAGGGUCCUGUGACCAAGCUCAGACCUCUGCCUCCAUUUCCCCGGAAGCACAGGUGGCCUGCAGCCAGUGCCACCAAGGGGCCCAAGGUGGUGCAUCAACCUCUGUGCCCUCCUUCCCGCAAGUUUAUCUGGCCAGCCACCACUGCUGAGGGUAUCCCAACCAGGAACCGACCUCUGCCCUCAUCUCCCUGGGAGCACAUACAGCCCACUGCCACCUUUGCUGAAGGUCCUGGGACCAGGCGCCAAUCACUACCUCUGUCUCCCCAGAAGCACGUGCGUCCCACCACAGCUUCAGGUCUCACAACUGGGUACCCACCUCUGCACCUUCCUUCCCAGGAUCUCCAGAGACCAGCCACCAUUGCUGAGGGUUCCAUGGCUAAAAGCAGACUACUGCCUCCAUCUCCCAGAAAGCACAAGUGGCCUGCUCCUGGUGCCACCAAGAAGCCUAUGGUGGUGCAUCAACCUCUGUGCCUGCCUUCCAGGGAGCUUGCAGGGCCAGCCACCACUGCUGAGGGGCCCGUGACCAGACGCCCACCUCUGCCUCCAACUCCCCGGGUGUUUGCACAGCUGACUGCUGUUGCUGAGGGUCCCACAACUGGACGCCGACCCUUGCCCCCACAUCCCUGGGAGUGUGAGCUGCUGCCACCACUGAGGGUCCCCCGGCCAGGCACCAACAUCUGCCCUAGCCACCACAGGAGUGUACGUGGACCACCGCCAAUACCACAGAGGGUCCUGCGAGUGAGUGACAUCCACUGGCCACUGUCAGGGUCCAGGAGGGGUCCUGCAAGCCAUUUCCACCUCCCUCGGGUAUUCCAUCCCUAACUGCCACCACUGCACUCUAGGAGGGGUCAUGCAAGCCAUUGCCACCUGGCUCCUAGACUCCAUCUCUAAUCACCACCUAGCUCCAGCAGGGGUUAUGAGACACAGCUGCUCUCAUCAUAUGCUCUGAGUGAGCACACAUAAGCCACUACUACCAAGAAAGCCAGGACUGGGCACCAGCUGCUACAUCUGCACACCUACUAUCAAGGGGAUAAUGGCACACACUGAGGAAAGAGGUGACAAGUACCCAUGCUAAAAAGCCCUGUGACUAGGGAGGAAGAUCUGUAAUCUCUCCUUCCAAUUGCAUGAACCAUGGAUGCAACAACUCCACUUUCAGCCCUAUAAAUUCAGUGCUGGUGAAACAUCUGAAAAGACAACAAGUGCUCCCAUAGCUGAGACAGGUCUGGCUUUAGAAGCUGUGGACUCUUGGGUAUGUACAUGUGAGGGCUGGACCAGGCCAGAAUCUGAGCUGACUCCAUAGCUCCCACAGCAGGCCCAGGUGCACAAAUACUGCAGUCCUGAGUCUUGACCUCAGUGCAUCUGUGCCACUGACCUAGUGGAAACAGUGCCAAAGAGAUAUCAGGGCCAAUUACUGACAUGCCCACAGUUAAAGUAGAACCAAGACAGUGACAACAGCAGUGUACUUUGUGAGCCCAAACACUGGGUGAAAUGUGACACAACAGAGAACACUCACAGGUGAACAGCUCCAGCAGAAGAAUACUCAGUGGCUCCUUUCCCAGUGUGAGUGCUGCAAACCCACCUAUUUCACAAUGAUGAUCCGAAACAGCUCAGAAGCAGAUCUUGGGGACUCUACUCCAAGAACUAGGGAGCAGGCCCUGCCAUUACAGGCCUGUGAUAACCACAGACAAAACAGUGCAGGAUCUUGUCACUGCAACAUCAAUCAUAUAUCCUAUCAAGGGGCUAAAAUUCAGAAUACAGUGAGAAGAAAGGUGGCAAGGAGCCAAACUGAAAACAGCCCUUUCACCAAAAAUAUAUUAAAUUCAGACGGGCUGCAUAAAGUCAUCCAGAGCUUGCAGUUACCUCUAAACACGCCUCUUGACAAGGUUCAGCCCACCUGAGGUACAAAACCCAGCUCCACUCACCAUUGCAAGGCAGCAGUUCCUCAUAUCAGGAAGCCUGAACAAGACCCUGGACCAAACUUACCCACAAGGGGAAGACCCCUGAAGCAUGAGGGAAUAAAAUCCUCCAGCCUGCAGAAAGGUGACCAUACACAUAGAAAGUUAGACAAAGUGAGAUGACAAAUUAUUUCAGAUGGAGGAACCUGAUAAAAACCCACACUAUCACUGUUUGCAGAUAACAUGAUGCUAAAGAUAGAAAAUCUUAAAGAUUCUAUCAGAAAACUACGAGAGCUCAUCAGUGAAUUCAGUAAAGCUGCAGGGAAAAUCAUAAACAGAAAUUAAAGAAAGUCUCAUUUGCAAUCACAUUAAAGAGAAUAAACUAUAUAAGAAUAAACCUACCUAAAGAGACAAAACACCUGUACUCUGAAAACUAUAUGACACUGAUGAAGGAAACUGAGGAUGAUACAAAUCAAUGGGUGGAUAUAUCAUGUUCUUGGAUCAGAAGAAUCAAUAUUGUCAAUGACUGUACUACCCAAGGCAAUCUAUAGAUUCAGUGCAAUCACUCUCAA